CUGGUGAGACCAAGUCAGUCACUCUGUUACAGGACCUUCACAAAAUCCCUGGAUUGGCUGUCAGUAAAAGGCUGAAAUUGAUAUUCACCAAAUCCAAGUCCCACACCUACCAUGGGUACCAAAAGCCUUUUAGGCUGCCUUCUUCUGACAGCUGUGCUCAGCCUGUCCAGUGCUGGGCUGGUGAAGAAGAUCCUUCGGCAUCGACGACAGACCCUGGUAUCCUCAGGAGAGGACAACAUCACCCUCCCAAGUCCAGGCCAGCCCGUGGUUUUCAACCACGUCUACAACAUCAACGUCCCUGCCAGCGCCAUGUGCUCUGUGAACCUGGACGCUCCAGACGUACAGCUCGAGCCCAAAGAUGCACCCGCCCUGCCAGGCUUUCACACCACUGAGCACACCGCCGAUAAGGAGAACCAGAUUGUCUUCACCCAUCGUAUCAACAUUCCCCGGCAGGCUUGUGGCUGUGCUGAUGACCUACCAGAGCUGAAAGCCCUCCUGAGCAGGCUGGAGAUGCUGGAGGGAGAACUUUCAACGCUGAGAGAGCAGUGCAACGGGGAUGCUAACUGCUGCAGUGCACAGGUCACAGGUGAAGUGGGAACUAAGCCUUACUGCAACGGUCAUGGAAACUACAGCACUGAAACCUGUAGCUGCGUAUGUGAGCCUGGGUGGAAGGGGCCCAACUGCACUGAGCCCGGGUGUCCCGGCGACUGCCAGAACCAGGGUCGCUGCGUGGAUGGAAAGUGUGAGUGCUUCAAGGGCUUUGCUGGAGAGGACUGCACACUGGAAGUCUGCCCCGUCGACUGUGGAGAGAAUGGCCGGUGCGUCGGCGGCUUUUGCGUCUGCUCGGAUGGUUACUUUGGCGAAGACUGCUCCCAGACCAACUGCCUGAACAACUGCCUGGGCCGAGGCCGCUGCGAAGACGGCGACUGCGUGUGUGACGAGCCCUGGACCGGCUUCGACUGCUCCGAGCUCAUCUGCCCCAAAGACUGCUAUGACCGUGGACGCUGCGACAACGGGACCUGCUACUGUGACACGGGCUACACCGGGGAGGACUGUGGACAGCGCACCUGCCCCAACGACUGCCAGGGCAAUGGCUUCUGUAUUGACGGCCAGUGUGUUUGCACCGCUGGCUACAGUGGGGAAGACUGCUCCAAGCUCACCUGCCUGAAUGACUGUAACGGCAGAGGCACAUGCUUCAAUGGCAUGUGUAUCUGUGACAGCGGCUACCAAGGUGAGGACUGCAGCCAGUUGGCGUGCCUGAACAACUGCAACAACAGAGGGCAGUGCAUCAACGGCCAGUGCGCCUGUGAUGUGGGCUUCCAGGGUGAGGACUGCUCCGAGCUGUCCUGCCCCAACGACUGCCAGAGCAGGGGCCGCUGUGUCAACGGCCAGUGUGUGUGUGAGGAGGGCUUUGCGGGCGAGGACUGCAGCGUCAAGACCUGCCCCUCGAACUGCUACGGCCGCGGAGAAUGCAUCGAUGGCCGCUGUGUGUGCUACGUUGGUUUCAGCGGCGAGGACUGCGGUGAACUGAGCUGCCCGAGCAAUUGCCUGAACCGCGGCCAGUGCAUCGAUGGGCAGUGUGUGUGCGACGAGGGCUUCACCGGGGAAGACUGCAGUCAGAAGGCCUGUCCCAACGACUGCCUAGGCCGGGGGUACUGCGUCGACGGCAAGUGCGUCUGCCAAGAGGGAUACUCAGGCGACGACUGCUCAGUGCUCGCCUGCCCAGAUAACUGCAACAACAGGGGGCGCUGUGUCAAUGGCAGGUGUGCCUGUGAAGAGGGGUAUGAGGGAGACAACUGCGGCGACCUGAGCUGCCUCAACAACUGCCAGGACAAAGGCCGCUGUGUGAAUGGCCAGUGUGUCUGUGAUGAAGGAUACAUUGGAGAAGACUGCUCAGAAGUCUCCCCUCCUACGGACCUGAAAGUCACCGACGUCACCACUGAGACGGUGGACCUGUCCUGGAGUAACGAGAUGUUGGUCACAGACUACCUUGUGACGUACGCGCCCACCAGUCCUGGAGGCCUUCACCAGGAGAUCACUGUGCCAGGAGACAAAAUGGUGGCCACUAUCAAAGAGCUGGAGCCUGGAAUCGAGUACAUGAUCCACGUGUAUGCCAUUCUGAGCAACAAGAGGAGCGUCCCCGUCUCUGCCCGGGUGGCCACCCAUCUCCCACAGCCAGAGGGUUUGAGGUUCAAAUCAGUGAGGGAGACCUCGGUGGAGGUGGAGUGGGACCAGCUGGACAUUUCCUUUGAUAGCUGGGAGAUCUAUUUCCGCAACACGAAAGAAGAAAAUGGAAAGAUUGUCAACACCCUCCCGCCCUAUCAAAACAAAUUUAACCAGUCGGGCCUCGGACCAGGACAGGAGUAUGAAGUCUCCAUCAAUAUAGUCAAGAACAACACCAGAGGACCCCAGGCGUCAAAGAAAUUCACAACCAAGAUCGGAGCCCCUCGGCAGGUGGAGGUGAAGGACGUGACCGAAUCCUCAGCUCUGGUCACCUGGUCGCAGCCGAUCGCCGAGGUGGACGGAGUCACUGUGUUCUACUGGCCCACCUCCGACCCCUCGGACAGAACCAGCGUGGACCUUUCCUCCGCAGACAAGCAGCACAGCAUCGGCAAUCUGACCCCGGACACAGAGUACCAGGUCAGCCUGACCUCCAGGAGGGGAGGCAGCACCAGCGAGCCUGUCACUGACACCUUCACCACAGACCUGGAUGCCCCGAGGAACCUGCAGACCCUGUCCCAGACAGACGACAGUAUCACGCUGCAGUGGAGUAACAGUCUGGCUGAUGUGGACAGCUACAGGGUGAAGUACAGCUCCAUCUCUGGGGGCCCUCAUGGUGAGGAGGUUUUCCCACGCGGCCCUGGAGACACCACACAGGCUACUAUCCCCGGGCUGAAUCCAGGGACAGAAUAUGGAGUUGGAGUCACCGCUGUGAAGAAUGAGAGAGAGAGUCUCCCUGCUACUAUAAAUGCAGCAACUGACCUUGAUCCCCCCAGAGAUCUGAGACAGAGCGAGUCAACAGAGACCACGCUCACCUUGGAGUGGCAGACACCCCGGGCCAAGAUCACCGCCUACAAGCUGGUGUAUGUCUCGAGGGAUGGUCGCUCAGAGGAGGUCGUAAUCCCAGCCACCGCCACCACCCACGUCCUGACCAACCUGACUCCUGGGAUGGUCUACACCGUCACCUUGACUGCAGAACGGGGUCAGAGGAGGAGCGCGCCUGCCACUCUGUAUGCAUCUACAGCCUCUUUCACAUUUUACUUAGCUGACUCUGACGUCCCUGAGCUAACGACUCCCUCAGGCUCGGAGGACAAUGUCAUUAGCUUUGUGUAUUUAGAGCCUCCUGAAACCCAGUUCUCUGGGACGGGGCCUGAGGAUGCACUUGGAGCCCUGACUAUCUCAGGCCUAACAGCUGAUGGAUUUGACCUCUCAUGGGAACUAAAGGCUCAUGGUGUCUAUGAUAGUUUCACAGUAGAAUAUAGGGACACUCAGCGAUUACAGGAAAUGAACGAGGUCCAACUUCACGGAGAUGCCACUGGCUCUAGAAUCCAAGGCCUGAAGGCAUCCACAGAAUAUCAAAUAAAACUUUACGGAAUAACCAAUAGCCAGAGAUCUGCGCUACUUGAAGCUGUUGCAGUCACAGCACCCAAGCCUACCUCUCCAGAUGUACUUACGCUGAGUAUCAAAGACGCCCCAACUACACCACAGUCUGCUUUGGAUACAGGAGCUGUCCAAACCCCAGGCCCCCUCCGUCCUUUAGCCUCACAGGGUCCAUCCCUCUCUAGUUCUGGUGGGAUGAUCUCUGGGGCUGAACCUGAGGGCUCUAGCCUGGACGUGUUUGGGGAGCUCAGAGUCACAAAUGUGACCUCUGCUAGCAUGAGGCUAGCCUGGUCAGCUCCUGACGAGGCCUUUGAUAGCUUUUUGGUGGAACUCAAUGCCGUGUCAGGGAAGACACAAGCUCAUGUGACCACAGUACCAGGAAGUGUCAGGAAGGCUGAAAUAGAGGGUUUGUCCCCCUCGACACGCUAUCAUAUUACACUGCAUGGGCUGGUGGAAGGGGAGCGAUCUUUACCUCUUAAGGUUUUUGCCACUACAGAAGAGCUGAGGCCUAUGGUGGUGAACCUCACCAUCUCUGACAUUACAUGGGACAGCUUCAAUGUGUCCUGGAGCCCCAAGGAUGGGGAGUUUGACAGCUUUGUCAUUGAGGUAACAAACUUGGAGCAUAUUGCAGAGAGCCAGAACCUCACUCUGUCCGGAGACGCCUACAGCUUGGGCAUCUCCGGGCUGAAUCCCAACACCAGCUACAUGGUUGCUCUGUACGGGAUGCAUCAGGGCUCCUUCCUUGACCCUGUGUACACUGACGCCACCACAGUGAACGAGCCAGUGGUUGGCAAUCUAUAUGUGUCUAACUUAACGUCAGAGAGCUUUUCAAUCUUCUGGAACGGCACUGAGGGAGAAUUUGAUGGUUAUAUCCUGGAGAUUAUUGAUUCUGAUUGGCUGAGGGAGCCUAAGGAAUAUAACGUAUCCCUCAAUGUAACAUCCUACAAGAUCACAGGGCUUAGGCCCAGCACUGACUAUGUAGCCUACCUCUAUGGGAUAUUCAAGGGGUCCCGAACAAGUGCUGUCAGUAUUGUUGCAUCAACAGCUGCAGAGCCUGAUUUGUCCAGGCUAGUUGUUUCUAACAUUACCUCAGACAGAUUUUCUCUGUCAUGGAGGACAGGAGAGAAGGCUUUUGAUAACUUUAUAGUAGAAGUCAGACAGUCCGCUUUGCCCUCGCAGGCGAUGGGGCGCACUGUACCAGGAGGGGUGCGCUCCACAGUCAUGGCCGGGCUCAAAGCGAGCACAAGCUACAACAUCAAACUAUAUGCCAGCAGUGGUGGCCAGAACACACAGCCCCUGUACGCUGUAGCUACGACAGAGGAUGUCCCACAGUUGGGUCCCAUAACAGCUUCAUCUGUAAGCCCAGAUAACCUCACCUUGUCCUGGAGCACUGUGUCAGGCCAUUUUGAUGGCUUUGUUAUCCGGGUCAGUGACUCUGAGCACCUGACUGAUACACUGGAGUUCAGACUGCCUGGUGAAGUCCUUAACAUUACGGUUGCUAACCUGAUGGAUGCCACAGGCUAUGAUAUUGAACUGUAUGGUAUCUCUCAUGGGCGCCACACUCCCUCUGUGUUAGCCCAUGCCGUCACAGCUCCUUUACCCAAAGUGGAAAAUUUGACCAUUUCCAACAUAACCCCAUACGGCUUCCGCGUGUCCUGGGAGACGAAGCAGCAGCAGCAGCAGCAGCCGCAACAGCAGCAGCAGCAGGAAGUUGCUCCCUCUAGUGGUGGUUUCAGCCACUUUGAUAUAGUGGUGACUGACUCUGGCUGGCUGCUGGAGCCUCAAGAGUUCACUGUCCCAGGCAACCAAAGCCACCUGGACAUCUGGGGCCUGAUCACCGGCAUAGGCUAUGAGGUCAGGCUGACUGGGGUGUCAGAGUCAGGGCUGCUCUCUCGGCCGCUGACGACAGUGGCUGUGACAGAGGCUGAGCCAGAGGUGGAGCAUCUUUUUGUCUCGGACAUCACAGCUGACAGUUUCCGCCUGUCGUGGACUGCUGAUGAAGAUCUGUUUGACAGAUUUGUGAUCAAAAUAAGAGACACCAAAAAAUUAGCCCAUCCGCAGGAGUACGGCGUCCUUGGUGAUGAGCGAACCAAGGUCUUAACUGGACUUAUGGGUGGCACUGAGUACGAAAUAGAGCUGUAUGGUGUCACAUUGGAGCGGCGCUCCCAGCCUGUCACUGGGGUUGCUCAGACAGGACUGGCCUCUCCAAAGGGACUUCACUUCUCUGACGUGACUGACACCUCAUCCAUGGUUGACUGGACCAUGUCUCGCUCUCGAGUGGAUACCUACCGUAUCAUCUAUGUGCCACUUGAAGGAGGAAGCCCAAUGUCAGUGACUGUAGAUGGCACUGUGUCCCAGGCUGUGCUGCCCAAUAUGCUCCCUGGCAAGACGUACCAGGUGACGGUCACUGCUGUGAGGGGCCUGGAGGAAAGUGACCCCAGCACCGGCACAGUAACCACAGCUCUGGACAAGCCUCAGGGUCUGACUGCAGUCAAUGUCACUGACACCUCAGCCCUGUUGCUGUGGCAACCCUCCGUGGCCACUGUGGACGGCUACGUCAUUACCUACAGUGGCAGUUCAGUGUCCCCAGUCACAGAGCAUGUUUCUGGGAACACGGUGGAGUUUGAGAUGGGCUCCCUGGUCCCAGCCACCCACUACACCGUCGGGGUCCAUGCUGUGAGGGACACCCAGAGAAGUGACUCUGCCACCACUGAAUUCUUCACUGAUGUGGAUCCUCCUCGUGAUCUGGCUGCUAGCAACAUUCAGACUGAUAGUGCCACUGUCACGUGGAAACCUCCACGGGCCGCCGUCACCGGCUACACCCUCACCUUCUCCUCUGCUGAUGCUACAGUCAGGGAGGUGGUGCUGAGCCCGACAGCCACCUCUUACAGCAUGAGUGAUCUAACUGGCUCUACAGAGUACACUGUCAGACUGCAGGCCAUUGUCGGACCCCAGAAGAGUCGCCCUGUUAGCACCAUCUUCUCGACUAUUGGGAAGUUGUACCGACACCCAAAGGACUGCGCUCAGGCUUUACUGAACGGGGAGACGACCUCGGGCCUGUAUACCAUCUAUCUGGAGGGGGAGGAGAGCCAACCCAUCCAGGUCUACUGUGACAUGACCACAGAUGGUGGAGGCUGGAUGGUCUUCCUGAGGCGCCAGAAUGGAAAGCUGGAAUUCUUCAGGAACUGGAAGAACUACACUGCUGGCUUCGGUAACAUGAAUGAUGAGUUCUGGCUGGGUCUCUCCAAUCUCCACAAGAUCACGUCCUCUGGACAGUAUGAGCUGCGGGUCGACCUGAGGGACAAUGGAGAAACUGCGUACGCUCAAUAUGACAAGUUCAGUGUCGCAGAGCCGCGAACACGCUAUAAGGUCUACAUAGGGGGGUACAGUGGAACAGCAGGUGACUCCAUGACUUACCACCAGGGCCGACCCUUCUCCACCUAUGACAACGAUAAUGACAUCGCCGUCACCAACUGCGCUUUGUCCUAUAAGGGCGCCUUUUGGUAUAAAAACUGUCAUCGUGUCAACCUCAUGGGAAAAUACGGUGAUAAUAGUCACAGUAAGGGGAUCAACUGGUUCCAUUGGAAGGGCCACGAGCAUUCGAUUGAAUACGCAGAGAUGAAGAUUAGGCCGGCCAACUUCAGAAAUUUUGAGAGCAGACGGAAAAGAUCAUAGACUCGUGAACCCCUCAGCUCUUCCUUGUUUAUAUCCCGCCCCUUUUUUUCCUCCAGGCUUUUCAAUAACAAUGGACGUCUGUGUCUCCUCACCCUCAAAUCUCUCCAAUCAACAAACCAAGGUGAUCACGCGCUGAAUGUGGUUCAGCUGGCUAAGAAAUGUACUUGAUAAGAUUACACCAAAGAUAACACGGUGGGAACAGAACGAGACGUGCAGGUAGUCAUCGGUGCAUUAGCCCUCGUGUAGCUACAUAAAACAUUGAGUUGGCACAGUUGUAUGUAUGUUUAUAUAACUGCUUUCACAUUGAGUUUCAUUGGAAUGUAGCAAUUCAGCCAAUAAAUAUGAAAAGACAUACACCAUUUUAUGAUAGGGAUUUUUUUUUUCUUUCAUACUUUGUCAUUUCACUUAUCUUGCCAAGAUCUCCGAUUGACAAAAAAAAAAAAAAAAAAAAAGUGGGAUAAUGAGAUGAUUUUGGACCAAACAGCUGUCUCUGCAGGACAGUUUGCUUUAAAAUGCUGUAAAUGGAUCCACUGAACCAUGUCAAAGGCACAUAGUCACGAGGCUUGAGGGAAGUUAAAUUCUCCACUAUUGUACGGUUGGCUUUUUCUCUUCUUGCUCUGUCCUGAAGUGAGUUGUGGACAGGACUAAUCUAUCUAGCUAUAAUUCAUUUUGGUAUUGUUGAAGGAUGGAUGUGUAAAAUGUUCUUUUUUUUUAACCUACUGAAGUCCUUGAGAUGUUUUAAUACGUUUACUGUACAAUGAAGAGAACUAUCAUUUAGCAUUUGGAGGCCACUAAUACCACUGAAUAGCUGUUUAAAUUCUAAUUUACUUAUUUUAAUAGAAUGAAAACUAAUG